UAAUAAUAAUAAAAUCUUUGUUUACUUCGUAUAUCUCAGCAGUGUUUUUGUUAUUGUGGCUAUUCUUCCAAUUUAUUAUAGUGAAAUCCUACAUAAUAUCGUGCUUGUCAAUUCGUGUAACAAAGAUAUAAAGUAGAUUUGACUCGAGUAAUCGUGUAGCAUUCUAUUGGAUAGAAUCUAUUGUUUGUCUAAUUUCGAUAUCGAAAGUCAUUGUGAAUAUCAAGUGCUUACAAAUUUUGUUUUGAGGGAUGUGUUUUGUUACAGUUAUGUAACCAAAGGAUGAGAUAUCUAAGUGUAUUUAUGAUAAAAAUAUACGUUUAUGAUUAUUUCGAACCUUUUAGUAGGUUCUAAUAAGAAAUAAGGUUCGGGAAAUAAGCAAAACACGUGGGUUUCGCUGUGAAUAAAUCGAUAGAGACGUAAGACGCGUGCGCCAAUCUCUAUCAACAAGACUAUUAUACGUCAAGGUCACUGGUCACAAACACGUGCGAUGUCGGAUUCUAUUUACACACAUGACUUUCUUCUCGAGCCAGGUCUAGAGAUAAAACAGGAGUCUCCGAUAGAAUCGGGCACUAUGUCUGCUUCCGUGCCUAUCCCACAGCGCCGUGUUGAUCCUGGGGACUUCAACAAUGAUCUAGACCUGUGUUUGCAAGAUAACUUGGUGGGCUCUUACAAUAUGCCCAAUCUGGCAUACAACAAACUUGUAUUUGAAACAGACAGUACAUCAAAAGCAGAAAGUUUCAAAAUGGAUGAUGAUGACAUAUUCCAAGUUGAUAAAGCUGAUUUGAUCCUUGGGCCUACACUUGCAGAGUUAAAUGCUAAUCCAGAUAAUUUACUGGAUGAUUUAAAUUUUGAUGAUCUCCUUUUGCCUGAGGAGAGUGGUUAUUGUGUGCAAAUUGGAGGAGCGAUGAGUGGUUCACGCCGCGCGCCAAAUACUAUGCAAACACACAAUAUAUUGCAAUCAGAGAGUCCUUGCAGUCCAUACAGUCGUGCACAACUGGCAUUUUCUCCAGCAAGCCAGCACAGCUCAGCAUCGUCUAGCUUUGCUCAGCCUAUGAAUCAAAUGCCAGAACUACUGCUCCGAAUGGAUGGUUACAGUGGUGAAAUUGCUCUGGGACAGUCGGUUCCAGCAUCAACUGUACUGCCACCAUUCCCCACUAGUGCAAAACCUCAGCAACCUCAACUUUCUUCUUCUGCCCCUACCCACCUCACAAUGGAACAGAUUUGGCAGCGUCGUGAACCAAGGAAACAUCUUUUGUCUACUAGCUCCUUGGCUGAAGCAGGAUCAGCAUCGUCUCUUUCUGGGGGGCUUCUCAGUCCUGGCACUGUCGACUUUUCUCAAGAUGAAGACGACCGUGAUGUAGAGACUGAUGAAGACAGUGACAGAUACGAGGAUCUCUCCUCUGAUGAGUCAAAUGAUGAAACAGAAGGCAAACAACCUCGUAGCAGUUCAAAGAAGGAGAGGUUCUUUUGGCAAUACAAUGUACAGGCUAAAGGGCCCAAAGGACAAAGGCUUAUUUUGAAAAAUAAAUCAGAAGACCCACAUGUCCUAAAUACUGUAACUGAUCCAGUAUUCAGUCCCAGUUGCAGUGUUAGAGGCAUAAAACACAGUGGAAAGGCCAGGAAAGGAGAUGGAAAUGAUUUGACCCCAAAUCCAAGGAAAUUGUAUUUGAUUGGCAAAGAAUUAGAUAGUUUGGGUAAAAUAAUCAAUGAUAUGAUCCCUGUGAGUGAACUUCCAUUCAAUGUUAGACCAAAAACCAGAAAAGAGAAAAAUAAACUAGCUUCAAGGGCCUGCAGAUUGAAGAAAAAAGCCCAACAUGAAGCAAAUAAAUUAAAAUUACAUGGCUUGGAGCAGGAACAUAGGCGCCUCAUGAAUGGAAUUGCACAAAUGAAACAAAUUGUGAGCAGCCGAGUGACUAACUCACAGAAUAAUGUUGACUGGAAUGCACACAUCACAAACAUAGUAAAUACAGCUACAGAGAUAAAAAUCGCAGGCAAAACUUCAGAAUAUGUCAAUAAAGUGUUGGACAAAGUCAAAGCAGGACAAAACAAUGGUGGAUUAAAUGAUUUAUAAACACACACAUACAUUUCAGAUGUGAGUAAAAAAACGAAAGGCUGUUCAAUGUACCUCCAAAGUUAUUUAGAGAAGAGAGUUUAUGUCUAUCAUGUAAAAGCUUAAUUGUCUAAGACAAUUUUAUUUUUGUAUGGUAUCAAGAGUAGAUUUAGUCACUAGAAGCUUUACAAGGCAACUAGGGGGAAUAUUAAUGUAAUCCUCAUUUAAUAUUAUUAUGCCAUAAGUUAGGUGUCAGUGUCAUGUAUAUUUUAAAAGUUUAUAACAUUUAUUGUUAGGAUAAGACUUAUGUUAGUAAUAAGAAAUGAGAGUAUCUUAAUUCUGCUGGGUUUGUAAUUUUAAUACUUAGUAGUUGAACAUUAGGAGCUUGAAUUUACAGAUGUUUUAUCUCAAAAAAAUAUAUUUGUUAAUGAAAAAUAAUACAGUUACAUUGUACUUGUUGUAAAUUUGAAAGUGAAUCUAGUCGGGACCCUGUGUAUUGUGAAUAUAUAUAUUUAUUAAGUGACAAAAAUGUUAAUAUAAUCGUAAACCACAUUCCUUAAUACAUAAAGAAUUCUUUAAAUUUUAUAAUGAAACAACAGUGUUUAGAAUAUAGAAAUCUAUACACUAUGGAUCUGUAACUGGAUUAUUACUGUAUUAUUUUUCUUAAGCAUUUCUUAUGGUAAACCAGCAACUUGAUAAUACAUAAUCAUUAUAUAUUUUGAAUUCAACACCACUCACACUCAUUGGUCUAAUAGGCUAAUGUAGUCAUAGAAAAAAUGUUCAUCAUUGAGAAUGAAUGUCUAAUGCAGGGCAGUAAAAGUUCACGACCUAUUUUUAAAUGAGACCAGACACAGGCAUAAUCUAAGAUUAUACUUCACCUUUGGCACACAGGCAGAAGAUUUUUUUUUAAGUAACAUAUUAUUUUCAAAAAAAUACUAUAUAGUUUUCAUAUAUUUUAUACUAAAAUUUAUCUUUCGGACGUUGCUUCAAAAAAAUUCACGACGAAAUUAUAUUUACUAAAUUAAUAUUAAUAUUGUCACUUAUACUAUACAUAAUUAAAAUUUUAAGUAAUUCUAAAGGCACAAUUUAAAUUCUUAGAUACAGAUGUAAGCAUGGCUUAGCUAUUUUAUAUUUUUACUUAUUGAUGGAUGGUUAAAUUUAAAUGAAUACAAUAUUUAUCUUCUAUUAUUAUAGAUGUUAUUUUUAAUAUGAAAAUUAUAAUAAUGUUAAGGUAUUCUUGGUAAUGCAAUGUUAUGUGUUUUAAAAUUAUCUUUACUCUUUAAGAAUGCUGCUUUUAAUCAUAAUGUUUGUAGCAUCUAUCCUUUCAUUGUUGUAAUGAUGUGACACCAGCUGAUGAGGGCUUACAGAACUCUAGAUGACUGCAACUAACCUCCAUGGAAAUAUUAAAAAGGUGUCAAUUAGCUUCUCCCAAAAAAUCGCACUUUAUACCAGUAAAAAGGUAUACUUUUACCACUUGCUACGCAGUAAGUUACUGAAAGUAGUUUGGUAUUGACUAUUUAGUCAAAACAGUUGUUGUAAUAUACUGUCCUAAAAAAAGAGGCAUCAAACAAUCUGCGAUAAAUUACAAUUACACAGUCGAAUACCAUAUUUCUUAUCCAUGACUGAUUGAUCAAAUUACAUUCAUCCAUGUUAAAUAUGUUUAUUUUACUGUACGAAAUAUAUUUUUUAUAUUAAUUAUUAUUGUUAAUGAACGAUCUGCAAUAUAAUAUUAUACAUUAAUAUAGUAUGUGUAUAAGAUAAAUAUAUUUAUGGUAGAUUAUACUUUUAAUGUUAAUUAAUGAAAUGGAAUAAAAUUAUAUUUAAUUCAUAUCAAUUUAUAGAAAAUAUUCGAAUUUAAAAAUUAAUUUCAAUUUUAUGACAUAAGGUGAAUAUUUUAAUAAUAUGCCAAUUUAUUUGGUCUUUUUACUUUACCCAGGACAUUUUAAUAAAAUUGAAUUAAAUUCAGAUUCUUAGCUGGCAAAAAUAAUUGGUUUGCAGGAGAUAGCAACUUUCCAUCAUUUAAUUUCGUUUGUCAAAGAAAGAUUGUAUUUUUCAAAAUUGAGAAAGUUUUUACAUUCGAUGUUUUACAUUAAGACUAAAUAUAUCACCUUCAUAUAAAAAAAUACCUCAAAAAAAUUUAAAGUAAGAAUUUCUUGUAUCUAAAAUUAAAAUAAUUAGAAUACUGAUGCUCCAAUCUAGAAGCUUUGAGUCGUUGGCGGCGUUAGGUGGGGCUUUGGAUAAAAUAACGUGCUCCAAAUAGUUAUAAAUUACAUGUUUAGCUUAUUCCGAGCGUGCCAUACGUUGUUAUCCCUCGGAAUUCAAAUUCAUAAUGUACACUACAAAGUAUACUUAUUUAUUUAAAGAAAUAAUGAAUAUUUCGUAAGGAUUGUUCUACAAUAUACCCAUACUACGCCGCCUGUAGGUACAUAGGUACAACAAAUAUGUAACUGAUUCAAAUAUUUUGUGAUUAUAAGUAUAUUAGAUGUAUCAAUGUAGGUUUCACUGUCUAAUGGUAACUGUAAAUAUGUUUUUGUUAUGUUUUGUUUAUUUCUUAAGGUCAUUUAAUGAUCAGGAGCUGGUUGGUGUACUGUACACAGUCGCAUAAUAGCAUUUUUGACUAGUACCUAAUGUCAUGACUACAAAUUACUCUAUUGAAAGUCUGAACGAGUUAAUUUUCUUCAAAUAGCCUGGCAGUGACGUAACAUAGACAACUUCCUAAGUUCUAUAAGCUAGCAGCCAAACUUUUAUGACCAGUUAUUAUACUCCUUCUAUUUAGGAGCUUCGCAUUUCGGCAUUUGUAUUUUAGCUGAACAAAUAUUACUACAUAUUUGUCUGGCUUUGUGAAUAAGUCUAUAAUAAUCUCUUUCUUUGUUAAUUCUAGUUAUUUUCUUUUGCCUCUGUUAUGAAUUUCCCUAAAUUCUUCUUCCUACUUUUAAGUGAGUAGGUAGCAUAGUUACUACAAAUUACUUCCUUCCAGUAAUUCCAAAAUAUCUGUACUGUACUUGUCUUUUGAGUAAUUUGCAGUCAUGAUUGGUUUCUAAAUUUUGUAAAGGAACUUUUAGGUGGAUGAGUUACAUUGUUCGAAGAAAACAUUGUAAAAUCGCCUACCUAAAUAAUAUAAUAGUAUAUUUUGUCAUAUAACAAACCAAACUCAAACUGGUCUGCGAUCCAAUAGGCUGUGGUUAUUUGUACCUAUAUUUCAUAAGUUUUAUUAUGUUACUUUUUUAUUAUUUACUUUAUUGAAUAUUUUUAAAUGAUUGUCAAAUGUAUGUUAAUGUAUUAAUGUUGAAUAAAUUUUACGAAAUUAAGUAUUAAUUUUAGAA